AUGCCUUGCCGCUGGGCUCUCGUUGUCAACAUUGCUAUUCUUCAGUGGUUUACCGGCUUGAGUCAACCAUUCACUACUGCACGUCUUACCGUCGAAGUGCCCCCCAACGAUCCGACUGAAGGCGCAUGCAUGGUGGAUGGAGGCGAGGACGGCAGUGCCAUUUUUCACUGGUCUUGGGAACAAGGCAAUUUCUCUGUGAACCCCAGGACGCCUUCUUCCUUCGCGAAGGCUCCGGCCAUCUCUAUAGAGAGUCUACGUUGUGGGACGGUGGACGUGCUACACGAGCAGGAGGAGGACGUAGUGGAGGCGGCCACGAGUACAACAGCUAGGCUUAAGUACGCUACUGCUGAGAAGGUGCGCGCGAGGGUCGACCGAUGUGUACCCACGGUUGAUAGGGUUUUGAAGGUUUACGUCGUGGGAAGUAGUCCCUUCGACUUGUGCAAGUUGUCGGUGAGGAUGAUGGCUCGCGGUCUAGUGGGCUACAAGAGCCGCAUCAGUUCUAAAGGGGUUAUCAAGCGUCUAUGUGCUAAAGCCAAGAAGUCGUUGAUAGGUAGAGUGACGGAAAGGUUGGAGGACAAGCAGAGACUUCUGUCGGGGUCCAUGUAG